GUAUCAGUUCAGAUUUGUCCCAAAAGAAAGGCGAUCAUUAAUCGACAACCCCCAAGAUCAACAAUGUGGGAAAUGGAAAUAAAACAAAUCUCCCUCUCUCUUUUUCGUGUGGAGAAGUGGAAUCCCUGGAGUCUCAACCUCCCCGGUCCCCGGCCGUAGAAUAGAGAUAGGUGGAGACGCUGGAUUGGAUGUCGAAUUAGGGGAUUCUAGGGUUUCUUUUGAUCUACCCCGACCCGAUUUGUCGGACUCGGACAUGGCACCGAUCCUGUCGAAAUCCACUUCUUCCAGAGGGAUGCGCAAUGAACGCGGGGAUGGAAACAGCCGGACGUAUCUUUAUCUGAAUGUCUACGAUUUGACGCCGGUGAACAAGUACCUCUAUUGGUUCGGGCUUGGUGUUUUUCAUUCUGGGAUCGAAGGUGCUAUUAUUGUUCAUGGUAUGGAGUAUGGAUUUGGAGCACAUGAUUACCCAGCGAGUGGAGUGUUUGAGGUGGAACCGAAAAAUUGCCCUGGUUUUGUCUUCAGACGUUCUGUGUGUCUGGGUACUACUGACAUGUCCCACUCAGAAUUCUGCUCAUUCCUUGAAGGUCUUGCUGGAAACUAUCAUGGUGACACCUACCAUUUGAUCAUCAAAAACUGCAAUCAUUUCACAGAUGAAGUUUGUAGAAGUUUGACAGGAAAAUCUAUUCCCGGAUGGGUGAAUAGACUUGCCAGACUAGGAUCAUUUUUUAAUUGCAUUCUCCCUGAGAACAUUCGGGUCACAGCAGUUGGACAAUUACCAGUUCAUCCAGCCUGUUCUGAAGAUGGAUCCGAUUCAUAUUCAUCAAAUGGAGAGGAAACGGAUGAAGAAGAUGCAGCCCAUCAACUUCUGAAGAGAUCAAACAAUGAUUUUGUUGAUGCGAGUGACCAACAUUUGAGGCUUGCCAGAGAUCUCAUGUGACUUCUUGUCUGCUUCCUAAUUGUUACCGAAAAGUUGGCAUUAGCAAUAUUGUUUCCAUUUAUCUUCUUUUGUAACUUAACCUUGUAAGCUUUUUGCAUGGGGUGUUAUAAUGCCAAUUGUAUUCUUCACGAUUGUAUCUAGCAUUGUGCCUACUAGUUUGAUGAUCAUUUCUCAAGUUAACAGGCAGGCCUUAUUCUUUACUACAGAACUUAUGCACAGCGAUCUGCUUUCUAUAUAUUCUUUUUUCUUUUCUAAA